UCUGAUCCUAGUCUAUCAGGUCUCAUCAGGAGUGGCUGCAUUGUCUUCUUCUGUGUCCUGGGAGAUCUAGUGUAUGUUAACUACGCACGAACUGAAGAUUUCUUUAAACUGGAGCGGGACAUGAAGAUCAAUUGUUCUGGAAAGAUUGUGAUUGCCAGAUAUGGGAAAGUGUUCAGAGGAAAUAAGGUUAAAAAUGCUCAACUUGCAGGAGCAAAAGGAGUCAUUCUGUACUCAGACCCUGCCGACUACUUUGUUCCUGGAGUGAAGUCCUAUCCGGAUGGCUGGAACCUUCCUGGAGGGGGUGUUCAGCGCGGGAAUGUCUUAAAUCUUAAUGGUGCAGGUGACCCCCUCACACCAGGUUACCCAGCAAACGAAUAUGCUUAUAGGCAUGAGUUGAUAGAGGCUGUUGGCCUUCCGCAUAUUCCUGUCCAUCCAAUUGGAUAUGAUGAUGCACAGACACUCCUUGCACACAUGGGUGGAUUAGCCCCACCUGACAGCAGCUGGAAGGGAGGUCUCAAUGUGCCUUACAACGUGGGACCUGGCUUUGCUGGAAACUUUUCAACACAAAAAGUCAAGCUGCACAUCCACACCUACAGUAAAGUGACAAGAAUCUAUAAUGUGAUUGGUAGCCUCAAAGGAGCUGUGGAGCCAGACAGAUAUGUCAUUCUUGGUGGUCACCGAGAUGCCUGGGUGUUUGGUGGCAUUGACCCUCAGAGCGGAGCAGCUGUUGUUCAUGAGAUUGUGAGGAGCUUUGGAACCCUGAAAAAGAAAGGAUGGAGGCCUAGAAGAACGAUUUUGUUUGCAAGUUGGGAUGCAGAAGAAUAUGGCCUUCUCGGAUCAACAGAGUGGGCAGAGGAACAUUCCAGACUCCUCCAAGAACGUGGGGUGGCUUAUAUUAACGCCGAUUCUUCCAUAGAAGGAAACUACACUCUGAGAGUUGAUUGCACACCUCUGAUGCACAGCUUAGUGUACAACCUAACCAAAGAGCUACAAAGCCCUGAUGAAGGCUUUGAAGGCAAAUCUCUUUAUGACAGUUGGAAAGAAAAGAGUCCUUCACCCGACUUCAUUGGAAUGCCCAGGAUUAACAAACUCGGCUCUGGCAAUGACUUUGAAGUGUUUUUUCAAAGACUCGGAAUUGCUUCGGGCAGAGCCCGAUACACUAAAAAUUGGAAAACCAACAAAGUCAGCAGCUAUCCACUCUACCACAGCAUCUAUGAAACAUAUGAGUUGGUAGAAAAAUUUUAUGAUCCAACAUUUAAAUAUCACCUCACUGUGGCCCAGGUUCGAGGAGGGAUGGUAUUUGAAUUGGCCAACUCUAUAGUGCUUCCUUUUGACUGUCAAGGUUAUGCUCUAGCUCUGAAAAAGCAUGCGGAAAACAUCUACAACAUUUCAAUGAAACAUCCACAAGAGAUGAAGGAGUAUAUGGUAUCAUUUGAUUCACUGUUUUCUGCAGUAAAUAAUUUUACAGAGAUUGCAUCCAAGUUCAAUCAGAGACUUCAAGACUUUGACAAAAGCAACCCCAUAUUACUGAGAAUUAUGAAUGACCAGCUGAUGUAUCUUGAACGUGCAUUCAUUGAUCCUUUAGGAUUACCAGGCAGACCUUUCUACAGGCAUAUCAUCUAUGCACCAAGCAGCCACAACAAGUAUGCAGGAGAGUCGUUUCCAGGGAUUUAUGAUGCUCUUUUUGAUAUUAAUAGCAAACUGGACCAUUCUAAGGCCUGGAGUGAAGUGAAGAGACAGAUUUCUAUUGCAGCCUUCACAGUACAAGCUGCAGCAGGGACUCUGAGAGAAGUAGCCUAAGGGUACUUUACAGAAUCCAUAGGUAGUAGGUAUGAUGUUAUGGGAAGGAUAUAUAUAUAUAUACAAAAAUAUAUGUUUGAGCUUUCAUGAUUAUGUGUAAUAUAUGUAUAUAUGAGUAUAUAUACAUGCAUAUAUAUAUGUUUAUUUUUCCUUGUGGAUAAAAGAAGA